AUGUCGAUUGGCAUUGCGAUACUGCCCCUGUAUAAUUUCCUCGUGUAUUCCUGGUGCGUUUACACUAUCGUAACAUUAUGUUUAGCGACCGCGAUAUUUACUUACACCAAGAUAUUUUGCACGCUUCAUCACAAUCACAAUCGAGCAAUCUGCGUUAUUCGUCAUAUGACUCCGCUAACUUUGGCGCGAUUCAAGAAGGCAGUAUCCAGCUCCCUUUGGGUGCAAGCGACGAUGGUCGUUUGUUUUCUACCCCAUGUUAUAGUAGGUAUACUCGGACAAGUUUUGCAGGAUCGGAGUAAGCCUGCAAACUCUUUGCUUUUUAUUACAAAGGCGUGUACAGUGACUUUAGUUUACAUAAACUCCUCUUUAAAUCCGAUUCUUUACUGUUGGAGGAUCAAAUCAAUCAGAAAUGCAGUGAAAGCCAGAAUGAAACAAAUUUUUUGCUGUUAGCUCUUGCUGUUUCAUUUUGCGUUAUAAAUUAAAACUAACUUGCAACAAGCAUUCAACUUGCCUGAAAUGGUCUUCAUUAUUCUAUUUAGAGAACCGUGGCGAAGCUGUGUUGAAAUAUCAAAUAGUACAAGAGGAGAUAAAACUUGACAUGUUUCAUUAGCAUUCGGUAAAAAUACCCAAACAAUAGCUCAUAAUUUUCUUUAGAAAAAAUAAAAAAAAAUUGGCUGUGUCUAGUUCCACUGUACCAUACCCAAGGGGAUUGUACUUCAAACCGCCCACUUGAGUCAUACAAACACAAUGUAUGCUUCAGAAGAGCUCUUUUCAACGAAAACGUUCUCUCAAUUUACACAAGCGAAGAAAACAGCUUAUUUAUUGGAGGGGUUCGCUCUGCUUGAUCUACUUGUUAGGAUGAAUUAGUGAAUAGACCUGCCUUUUGGUCCUUCCGCAAUUUCUUGAAAACUCUUUUUUUUUUUUUUUUUUUUUUUUUUUCUUGCACUCCAUCUUAAUUUUAAGCAUGACUCGCGCUUCGGCACUCGACUCCGAGUCUCGGUUACAUUUGCUUGGAAAAUAUUUGCCAUUGCUUUUAAUAUGGCCAAAUGUUCCUAUCACGUUUGAAAAAAAAUUGUGGUUUACUUUUUAUCUAAGAGCUGCCCGAAGUGGCGAAUGAAAAGGUAAGGAAAAACUUCGAUCUCAUAAGCAUUACCGUCGUUAUGAAUGACGCAAAACAGCGUUAAAGAUAUAUUAGGGUGAGUUGCACCGAUUCCUAAUUUCUGCUAUCAUCAUUGUUCGUUUUCCAUAUCGUGAUUGAUAAGGUUUACCACAAUUAAUAUUGGCAAUCUUUAAAAAGUACGAUUAACAUGUUCCAACUAAUGCUAAUCGAACAACGAUAAAUUUAUCUUCAAAGCUUAUUUUAAGGUUAGUUAUCUUCCUUAUUGCAAUUAAUGCCACCCUUAAAACCUUUUGCUUAGUGUGUUAUGAGUGAUAAAUGUAUAUUCAGUGUCCAAUUGGUAAAAACAAAACGGCAAAAAGGAGAGGAAGAAAGUGCGGCUGACAAAACGUGGUUAUUGAAAAUUCGGAAUUAAAAAAAUUCGAAAUGUUUUUCAUGAAUAUUUAUUGGUUCCAAGUAUCAAACCUUCACGAGAGCUGAAAGUCUUUGUUGUUCUUGUUUUUGUUGCUUCUCUUUUAUUUAUUUAUUCAUUUAUUUUGUCUAUUCGAAGAAUACGUACCAUUCGCUCUACGACCUUUCAUUGAGAUUCAGUUAACCAUUUAUUCAGCUUGUACGUAACGUAUUCAUUUGCCAAAGACGUGUUCAAUCAUCGAAUGAUGGCUGAAAGCUUAAAUUGGCCAUCCGUAGAAGACUUUAUAAAAAAUAAUCAACAAAGACAGCGGAAUCAAAAUUUCCGAAGCCAGAUCCUACAAAUUUAAACAAAGCGCAAAAGCCGGUCAUUAGCAAAGACAACCUAGGAGGAAAAAACGCUUACUUGUCGGACUAUAAACAAGAAUCGACGAAAACACGUCAAAUCGCACCAAUAGCAAUUAACCAAUAUGCUUAAUAAACAGCGGCACUUCGUCAUUCAAAACCGAUGGACAUUCGCAGUAAAUUACAUGUGGUAAAGGAAAAGUCGCGAUCCUGAAUUGAAACCUCAACUCGUUAUUUGAUAUUUUUUCGUGAGACAAACGAUUAAAAUUCUUUUUGUCGAUUAAAAUUCGGUACGUUUCAUUUAGAUGCAAAUGUGUGUCGCUCAGGCACAGUAAUUUUCACAAACAGCACCAGAAAGUCUAAAAUUUACAUCUUAGAAAUAAUAGAAAUUUAGAAAUAAUAUCUUCACCGGGGAAACAAUCUCCAAGUUACUUGUGUAUGUAAAAAAUACAAGGGAAGAAAAUAUUUGUUUUAUUCAGUGUUUUUCAAUAUUUUUUUCUCCUUUUCAACCGCAGUAAAGCUUAGUGGGUUUAAUUACGUUCUCUAAAGAAACGAAACGACCAUGCACUUCGGAAAGCAGAUGCUCCUUCGCCCUUAAAAAAAUCGAAUUUGCUCCCUUUAAAAUCGAAUCUAAAAAAAUACGGCCAAACAUAAUUUCUUUCAUAUGCUGACAAAUAAAAAAACCUGCAAAAGUGAAAGGUGGAAAGAAGCUUAGAACUUGAUGAGAUAAGUUACAUUUAUUUUUAUGAAUGACAUUUUCAGUACAACUGUCUGGUACUAUGCUAAUACUUCAAAUCGGAACGCGUUUUGACUUAGAGAUAAAAUUAAAAAAUUAAAAGGCGGCAGCCAACUGUAUUCCUUUUAAUCCUACGAAACUGAGUCAAUUUGAAACUUAAAGCGACAAAGUACUUUUUUAACUCUGGCUUUCACUGCAUCUCUCACUGAUGCAAUCUUCCAACAGUAAAGAAUUGGAUUUAAGGACGAGUUUAAGUAAACUAAAGUCACUGUAUAUACUUUCAUUAGAAAAACUGAUGAAGUUGCAGGUUCACCAGGAUCCUGUAAAACUUGUGACACUACUCCAGCAACAGCAUACGGUAAGUAACACACAACCAUUGUCAGCUGCACACAUAAUGCGCUGGACACUGCGUUUCUGUAGCGUACCAAGGUGAGCGGAGUCAUUUGACGAAACGCGCUGAGUGUCUGGUUCUGAUGAUGACGAAGAGUACGGAAUAUCUUGGUGUAAGUAAAAAGAGCGGUUACUAAACAAACUGUUACGACCGUAUAGGCGAACCACAAAUACGCCCGAAAGUUUAUUGAGGACAUCACCCCAAAAAUAAUGGAUAAGAUCCAAAAGGCAGUUAAAACCGCAUACACCCGCUUCAAAGUCACCUCUCGGUUAUAUCUCAAACGCAACAAAAGGGCAAGAAGUCUGUCAACCCCUAUUACAGUUGAAGUUAAAAGGGAGACUUGUGUUAGGAUGCUGCCAAUAACAAAAACUAUGGCAACUAAAAAGCGACAAUAAAUCCAUCGAUCUUGCAUUAUGGAAAUCCAGUGAAAGACAACCAGAGGCCCUAUUAUGACACCAACACAAAUAUCAGUUGUUGCAAGGCAGCGAAAGAAGAGCUUUGAUGGUGGACGAAUGGAAGACUCGUUGCGAAGUGCAUCGAGAAUUACAACGUUUCCAAGAAAGGCCGUAAUGGAAAGAAAAAUGUUGAAAGUUGACAAAAAUGUUAACUGAGGUCGUAUGUCCUGGAUUAGAGUUUGCGAUAGAGAACAGUAUAUGUUUCCUACAGUCGCUUGAUUUCUGUCGAGAGUUUCAUUUGCCAUUCUUCUCUUGGUAUAUAGUCACUCGACAACGCACUCGACCAAACUGUGUUUUCAAAUUAAACCAUAUUUAUGUACGGCCACUGCAUGGACCCCAAUUAAUCAGCGCACCACACGUGUGUGUUAUACAAAAUAUUAUGUACUUUUGUACACAGAUUGCUUGACAUUAAUUUGCUUGAAGGAGUUAAAUGGCGCCGGCCUUCUCUCUCGGCAAUUUUUCUAUUUGCGAAGUGAUGCGAAUAAUUACAAUCACUCACGAUUCACUGCUUCUCUUUAUCAUCUUUUAAGGAAAAGAAAUCCUCUCAGGAACACUUCCACCAAACAUGCGGGAUCAUGUUCCAAGUAACGCAAGUACACCUUGGAUAAUCCUACACUUCUAACGACGACCCAAAGCGUAAGAGGUGGAGCUGUUCUUUAAUCCCUUUUAAGAUCAAUAACAAAUUCAAGUUUCUGAUUUUGAUCUUAAAUUGAGAACUUCCCCUUCCGUUUAUGUAGAUCAGUUUUGCAGCAAUCAAAUGUCGUUUUAACUGUGCCUUAUUGCAACGGUUCUUGUAAGGCUGAUCAAGUUCCCCUGGUAUAAUAGUUUAACGUCUCCUGUUCUUCUUUCUGUUAGUUUGACAAAAUUACGUGUCCAAUUAAAAUUGGACAGUGGUAGUGUCCAAUUUUGGACACGUAAUUUUGCGAUGAAAGCAGAACGUGACCAUCUACACUAAUCUAAAAUCUAAUUUUUUUCAAUAAAUGCUUCUUUCAAAUCAAAAGUGAUAUACUUUGCAUUAAAUUUCUUGAAUCAUUAAAUACAUUGACACUUUUUCUCACUGUUUAGGCGGCUUUGAAACAAAUUGCACAACUUAGUGAUGACGAAAGGCAGUUAGAAAUUUCUACCGAAACGACAACUUUAGUUUUUUUUACGAGAAAAAAAAUCUCUGAAGAGCAUUAUACCAUUUGACGGUGUUCAACCUAAAGAAGAAAAUUAUGCUUGAUUUUCUCAGCUCAGUGUAUUGAGCUUCACAAUGCUUUAUCUCCGAAACAUAGCUUUCUUCUUAACCUGCACCUUAAACAACCUCUUAAGAUUUCAAAUAGCCAAGUGGCUAAGAGAAAUGUAUAACUUGGAAACGCAGUGCAGACUAAACAACUGGAAAUUGAUUAUUUCUAAAAUAGCUCACGAAGAGGAACCAAUCAAACACGUCCUCUCGAUAAAGUCAAAUUUCAGUUUUCAAUCUAUGACUGAAAGAAAAGGCUACCGGCUUUAAGGGAAGAUAAAGAGCAAUUUCUUGCUUAAAAACAGAUUUACAAUGAAGGAAACCCUUGUACAUACUAGUAUACAAAGCUUGACAUGUCCUAUUGAUCGUGGGGUUCGAUGAAAAUUUAUUACAAAUAGAAAAGACAAAAAAAUACAGAUUUCCCCUCAAGGAAGUUUGUGCCAUAACAGAUAACGAUGCGGUAUGUGGUCAAAUAAGCCCGGGGCGCUUUUGAAAUUCGCUUUUUCGUGGAAAUGGGGCGCUAAUUCAAGGGGCUAUAUGCGUCACCAAGUUCCGGUGACCCUCCCAAUCGCAUUUAAUUUCUGAAUUUUUUUUCUUUAAGUUUACAGUGAAAAAUUACCGUAGUAAACCAUCUGCUCUUACUUUUGUGAUCAUUAUUUCUCGCGAGGAUAUUAGACAACACGUUAAAUGAUUUGAAUAAUUAUAAAAUACGUUAGUCGUUAUCACCUGUCGCGAUGAUAUUAGACAACGCAUUAAACUACUUGAAUAACUUCCAAAGUCGUUGGAGACCAUCUCUCAUAUAUUAAUGAUUGAUUAUUCUGGUGGAGAGAAGACACGUACAUCAGUUUUGAGCCCGAACGGAGAACUCAUUUGCAACUGGCGCUAAUUCGAGCAUUUAGGGUAUUUAUUUAAUUGUUAAAUUUUUGCUAUUGCAGAAGCUUCAAAGAAUAUUAUUACGGGAAGAACAUUGGCGCCAUCGACACGUCCCAUACUAAUGAUUAUCAUGUUUGUGAGCGUUGUCAUGUGACUGAUGAUCAUAAGUGAUCUAACGAGAACUUUUGUGUUAUUUCCAUAUGAACUGAGGGUUCGUAACCAGCUCGCGUAUUAUUCGCGCAGGUUUUAUGAUAUUCACGGUUAUGGCUAUUGAUUGAAAGCGGUCGUGGAUAAGAAGACGACUGAAUAUCACGAGACUUUGCCCUCGACAAUUCAAACACCCGUAUCCCCAAUUAAUUACAAUAAUUAUACAAAUCGAGUCGCACGGCUAAGGAUAGAAUGGCGAAUGAGAGUGUUUAUGGAGGACAAAAGACUAUGGAAAAUGUUUACUGUUUACUUCUGAAGACUCUUAUCGAAGAAGUAGAGCUCCAAAUGACAUUUUUGUCAGUUUUUAACAUUUUCAUGUCCUUUGCUGCAGUCUUGGGUAAUGUUGUGAUCAUCGAUGCUCUUUCCAACGAUUACUUUUGUCGUUCAUCUUCCAAGUUCUUCUUCCGCUGUCUGGCAACAACAGAUAUUUGUGUUGGAGUUAUUUUAGAGCCUCUCACUGUCUGCUAUUGGUUAUCCAUGGUGAAAAAACGAUGGAAUCAUUGUCACUCCGUGGUAACCGCUAUUUUCGUAAUCGGCAAUAUCACAACUACAGUCUCUUUGAUGACGGUGACUUCAAUUAUCAUUGACAGACUUCUCGCCUUGCAGUUGGGACUCAGAUACAAACAUGUCGUAACGUCAAGGCGUAUACACAUGACUAUCGCUGCCUUUUGGAUCAUUUCGUCAGCCGCUACAGUAAUCUCCUUAUUGAAUUUCCUCGCAUAUCUUUGGUAUGUUUAUGUAGUCAUAGCAUUAUGCUUGGUAACCUCAUCAAUCGCCUUCGCCAAGAUGUUCUGUACUCUUUGCGGGCAUCAGAAUCAAAUACUUAGCUCUGAGCACCAGACAACUUCGUUGAACUUGAUACGACUUAAAAAGGAAGUGUCCACCGCUUUCUGGGUGAAGUUGACAAUGGUUGUUUGUUAUCUUCCUCAUGUUAUAGUUGGCGUAGUAUCGCAAAUGUUGCAGGAUCCAAGUGAUCCCAUAUCAUCGACAUUUUUUAUUACAAAGGCGUCUGCACUGACUUUAUUUUAUUUAAAUUCGUCAUUAAACCCUAUUCUUUACUUUUGGAAGAUCAAAUCCAUCAGACAUACAGCGAAAACCAGAUUUAAAAAAUUACUCUUUGUUAGCUCUUGACGAAAUAUUGAUCUCAAUCCAAGAUGGACAAAAGCGCCACAUGUCGUUAGUAACUUCUGAGUCAUCGUAUUUGAAUAUUAAUACACGCAUUGCUAGUCAAUAUGUCAACACGACGCAUUUCGUGCCAUGUCGAAAGGCUCUAAUACUAAAUGAUGUACGACAUUACUUUGUCAAAUAAAGAAACAAAAUCGACAUCACUCGUUUCAUAUUCUCUCUCAAGUUUUUGCUCUUCUUUAUGAAUAGCUAAAGGGCGAUAGCUUUUCGCGAUAGUGACGCGAUUGAAGUGAACGAAGCCAGAUGCGUCACGGCGCCCCUACGGCUAAACGUGUCAGAAUUUAUUUUUCCUAUUGAGCGGGAUUUCACAUGAAAGAAGAGGAAAACCAGCGACGCUGUUAAAAAUUGCUUCUCACUAUCAAAAAGAUAUUUUAAAAAAUUGAGAACAAAAAUGCGUUUUAUAAGAAAAAAAGGUUCACAGCCAAAGAAAAAGCUACGAAUGAGUAGUUUCGUCAGGUCAGAAAUAAGUGUUUUCAGGUAAAACACUGAAUCAAACAAAUUUAAAUUUAGCGAGACAGCUCACUCUUAAGAUGAAAUAAUCAACCUAGAAUAAAAUAAUUACCUCGACUUUUAAUAAAUUUGCUCAUUUCGAAAUUUCUCGUUUAAUCUGCAUUCAAAUUGCCCUCUAGUGUUUUGGCGCUUCUCUUAGGAAGUCCUACAUGUAUUACAUUUGCGUAUUCACAAACUACGCAUGUCCCAACGAAGAUAACAACGGUUUAACUGUGGCGAUCUUUCCAGAAAUGCUGAAGCUAUUAUCGAAUUAUUUCUGUCGCUCAUAAAACUUUUCCAUGCCAUUUUCGUCACCUUUUACAGUUAAUUUUUCCUGUAAAAGAUUGACAGUUAAACAAGGCUUCAAAGACGACAAAUUUGAAGACAGAAGCCUAAUAUUUAAUUUCUACCCUUUACUAAGAGCAGAUGGUUGUACGUGCGUCUUAUUUGUAGCAUUUUCUAAACAAUUAGUGUUGAAAUAUUGAAUAUGCGAGUGGCUUCGGAUCAGUUUCAUGAAAAUUAGUGGAUUUUGUUGUGCUUACGGACGCUGACAAAGACGAGAAAAUGCAUCCCAUUUUGGACGGCUUUAUUUUUUCAAUAGUGUAGGAUACAAGUUAGAUAUGAUAACAGAUGGUUAAGAGUGGGACUGCACUCGUUCCCAUCAUUUCUUUUCCGUUGCUUGAAACGGAAUUACUUUGAAGCGCUUUUCGAAUAACAAAGCUAUCUCUUCAUCGAAUUAUUUCCAUCGAAGUUCCAAUUUAUUUUCAGCCCUCAAAGCACUUCCUUAAUGGCCUGACGUAUGACAAAACGACUCAGAUAUGGACCGAACAUCAUACAAUUACUGUUGAAUAAAUUGACAUUCAUUUUUUUUUAAGGAACAAGACUGUUUUUUAUUCUUGCCGGUCGGUGUUUAUCUUUUAAAAGCGACCAGACUGGCUGCAAAUUUCGAUCGAGAAAAAUUUUUAUAAAACUCAUCGCUUGAUUGUUUUUCAGUUUGACAUUCGUCUGUUUUUUUUUUUUUUUUUUUUUUUUUUUUUUUUUUUUUUUCUUUUCUUUUUGAUGGACCACUCUAAAGGAGUUCGUUCUUUACCCAGAUGGGAGUGUGAAGCGAAGAGAAAAAAAAAAACAGCUACACGCCCCGUAUAUUCACUUUGUAAUAUCUCGUUAACACAUUCUUUUCACUAUUACGCCUUUUUCAAAAAUUAACGUUGAGGUCCUACGAACUGGUUACCCCUUCAAUGCCGAAUUUUUUCCUGUUUUCAUAAGCAUGAGGAGUCAUGAAGAAUGCAUGGGGCGCUAGUUCCUAGCACAUUUUCAUAGGAAUUCAUCGAGUAUGCUUCGCAGUUUGAUACUGCGCGUACCAAUUUGCACCUCGGAGGGUAGAGAGCUGCUACAAGAGGAAAGAGUCCUGCUCUACAACAGUACACAACACAGCAACGCAAUAUAUAACUCCAGUAGAACUCAAACUUCAGGUCAUCCAAUCUCGGUAGGGUCUAACACACCGGCCACCAUGCCAACACGUUUCACGCAUCAUUUUAAUAGCAAGGGCGGUUAGAGAAAAGAAGGGAUAAGCUAUUUGCAAAACACAUCUUCUAAAAAGAAAUUUUUUCAAGGGGAGAGUAAUUGGUAAAUUAGCGAACUUAGACUGUUUUACAAAAAAAAGACCGACAAAUUUUGACAUCCAACAAACAAACACUCUUUCCCUCCUCUGGUCGCUAUCAUUCCACUGAUAUUGUAAUUUUCUGACUUUGAAUAGUAGCACGUUUUGGAUGGCUCUGAGCGUAUGAACAUUCGUACUAUGACUUCAGUUUCUUGUUCCAAGCAAAACAUUAUUCUAGGAAUUUAUGUAUCCAAGCAAAACAAUAUUCUAGGAAUUUAUGUAUCCAAGCAAAACGAUAUUCAAGGAAUUUAUGUAUUCAAGCAAAACGAUAUUCAUGAAAUUUAUGUAUCCAAGCAAAACGAUAUUUAAGGAAUUUAUGUAUCUAAGAAGCUUUGAUGAUGUAAUCCUCAAGCAGAUAUAAGAAAUGAGAAAUGAUGAUUGAGAAUCUGAAUUAGCCCCAUUUAUAUAAGGAAAAAAUUUAAUUUAUGCUCACAUUAAAAUGUCAAACAAUCAGUUAAAAAAAGAGAGGCAUCUCUGAAUCUAAUGGAAAGCCGAAUCCUUCAUCUGUUGAUUUUGAGUUGCGACUCUGUCAAGAUAUUAAUUACAUCCGGGAAGUGACUGAAAUACCACAGAUGUUCACCGUCAGAUAUCGGCCAUAGUUUAUCAUAAACUUAAGUACGAUUUGCACCGUUAUUUUACCUUUGCUAUAAUUAAUACUAAUAAUUCUUCCCCAGUAACUAAAAGAUGGUAAGUUUUUGGUGCGAGCUACCGUCCGUUAUCUGAACACUUCCUCUUAUAGUAAGUACAUUUUCCUCCGCAGAGAAACAAAUUAGUUGUAGAUUACAAUGAGCUGCCGAAAGGUUGUUGAUAUUAGCUGAAAUGAGAAUUAUACAUAAAGCAAACAGUACUGAUAGAUUUGCAUUUUUCUCCCUCGAUAUUUGUAGUUACUUGUCUAGUACACUUGAGUUCAAUUCUAACAGCUUUUUAGGAGGCUCCCUUUGGCUGACAAAACAAAGCAUAGAGGAAGCCGAGGCCAAACCGUUAUGGAACAUCUGUUAACAAGUUUCACUGCUGGAGACCACGGUAGCUGUUGAUGGAAAGUUUCAUCUACUUUUACCUUUCCAACCGAAAUGGUAAACAUUACAGUAGAUGGGAAGAAAGACGCAUUUGGGGGAUUUUGCUCAGCAGAGCGUUUACCAAAUGGAAUGCAAAACCAGCUGAAAUCCCUGACAACUUUCACCUCAUUUUUAUCCCUGACUGCAAUUCUAGGUAAUUCUUUGAUCCUGGCUGCCUUACGCAAGGAAUCGUCUAUUCAUCCGCCAUCAAAGCUAUUACUCGGCACCCUGGCAGUAACUGAUCUCUUUGUUGGGCUCAUACCUUUGUUUGCUGUGCAUUUGCUAUCUGUGGCAAGCGAACGAUGGACUGCUUGCGAAUUGUCGUACUCCAUGGCCUUUAUAGCAGGUUACAUACUGGGCUCUGUGUCUUUGUUAACACUGACUGCAAUAAGCGUGGACAGGCUUCUCGCCCUCACAUUGGGGCUGAGAUACAGACAAGUUGUAACUAUUAAGCGAACAUCCUUGAUGAUAGCUGUCUUUUGGAUCGUUUCAAUCGUGGCGGCAACAAUUUCCCUUCAAAACUACUUCAUAACCCUGUGGUAUAGCUACAUCGGAACGUUGUUUUGUUUAGUGACCUUAGUCUUAUCCUAUACAAAAAUUUUUAAAACGCUCUGUCAACAGCGGGCACGAGUAGAAGAAUCCCUUGCUCAGCAGCCAAGGUGGAUGACUCCGCGGCACAUGUUCCAUAUAGCGCGACAACGGGAGGCGGUCUCUAGUGCAUUGUGGGUUCAGCUGACUUUGGUAGCUUGUUAUUUGCCAUUUGUUGUUGAUGGCGUAGUGAGUAGAGCCAUGCCUCUUCAAGAUGUACUAUCCCGCUCUUAUUAUUUUGCCAAAAUGAGCACUAUUACCGUGGUUUAUUCAAACUCAUCAUUAAACCCUUUUCUUUAUUGCUGGAAGAUCAGGGAUGUGAGACGAGCAGUCAAAGAUAUAAUCAAGAAAUUUAUUCGCUGUUGA